GAUAAGUUCUACUCGAAUAAGAAGGCACGUCGGGUGAAGUGCUAGUAAUAGAAGAUCGGACCGUUUCUUUUUAUAUUUGGAAUCCAAUAUAAUAGCCGAUAGAACAUGACUAGUCUUGCUGAGAAUGGAACAUCUGGAGACAUCGACAUGAUAAGCCCAGAACUCGAAGCAAAGAUAAUGGAGUUCGAAGCUAUUGCUCAAGAGACCAUGGAUACCAUUGGAUCAGCCUAUAGUAUGGUAGACUUCAAUCAAAAGGUGAUAAACGGAGAUGCAAUCGAAUCUACAGGAGUACAAGCAUUGAAAAGACUGUUCAUUCUAGACUCGUUCAAGAUAGACAGGUUUCAGAAAUCUCUUCGUGAAUGGGAGUCCAUACAAUCGGAAAACUUUGUACGAACAGAAAUCGAUACAUACAACAAGAUUACAGGACAAAUGUCAAGAGUCAAUGGUCAUGUGGAACAGUUAACAACAGAACUCGAAACUCUAAAAAGAUCGGCUGAACUUCCAGCAUUCAGAUUCUCAAGACAGACUUUGCAAGAAUACGGGGGAAACAUAUUGGACAGGAUUCCAAAAGAUGAAACUGGUGACUAUCAAUCGGUGAUCGAAAUCGAUCAAAUAUAUUCGUUGGAUCCUCAAUCUAAUCUUCCGUUUCCAGAAUUUAAAGAGGUUAACAAAUUGAUCAAUAUAGAGUACCGUUUGAGGUUGGAAAGGAGAAUCAAAUAUGAAAUUCUAGUUCUCAUUAAAAAUCAAAUAGUUGCCAACAAUAACAAGUGGAGCGCAAGAGAUCGGGAAUUGAAUGACUUCUUACUGAACAAGUUAGCAGGUGUCAUAGAUGAGGUCGAAAAGAUUAAAGCAAAUGAAUACGAAGAUCUCAAUCUUGAAGAAAGCGAUGAAGAAAAUGAGAGCUUUGAGCAAGAAAUCGAAGAGGAAGAAGAAGAAGAAAACGAAGUACUGGAGGAAGAGGUGGAUAGUAUUUCAAAUAACAAUGCUAAGGACGCGCCAACAGCAAGGCCAGCGGUUCAAGAUGUUGAGUCUGACGAAGAAAUGUUGAUUGAUGGAUAGAAUAUAUAAUUCACUAAUAAAGAUGUAGUCAUGAGCA